AUGACAGACUCGGAGGAAACGGGCUCACCAACGCUCGUCAAUGGCGAUAUUCGAGACGCGGUCGCGCCUGCUGUAGCUGAUUCGAGUGCGGCAGAGCAACAAGCUAGCUCGGACGAGGUCUAUGCCGAUCAAUAUGAGCUGACGUUGCUCUUACCUCGCAAGCUGCUGCCUGCCCCCGUCGCUCGCGCGUCCCUGUCAAGCACCCCAAGCAAGCGAUCUCAAAAAGCUGCAACUGCCGCAACAGAAGAUUGGGGGAUUCCACCGCGCUCGCCAGAUCCCAAAGUUGACCCAGACGAUGAGCACGACCUAGAAAACUACGUUCGUCUCUGGACGACAGUUGCGGGCACGGAAAAUAUCAGAGAUAUCCGAUCGCUCGUCAGCGAUUCCGCCGAAGGAUUCUGGCUCGGCUCCUUCGGUUUCGUCAAAGUCGAUUUUGAGGAGACGCCAGAAGAUGAGCAGCCAAAGAGGAUCAUACCGGAGAGUGACAGCACGCCAUUCCCAGAAUUGGCAGAAUUGCCUGUCAUCUUUCCAGGAACCACAGAAACCAAGCAGCGGGUUCUCAAGGUUGUGCCAGUGGACUUCACCGAGGCGGCAGCGCGUCAACAUCUUAUGCAGUUCUGGGACGUGAUCAAUCAUCGUGCAAUGGCUUUGACGGGCAAGAACGUCUACAGAGCGCCCAAAUACGACCCUUCGACCCUCACCCUUGAGCCCGGCAUGAGCUUGUUCACGUCGGUCAGGGGACAGGCGCCAGAAGAGCCAGAGUGCAUGCAUCAUGACCAUCACGAAGCGCAUUGUGACGCACAUGACGAAUCUGCAGACAAGAAGAAGUCCGAGCAAAAGAAGACCAAAGCAAGGCAGCCUGAGCUAAGCGAAGAGCAGCCUGCUCCAACAGAUCACGUUUUCGAGAAUUUCGAGCCCUUGAAAGACGAGCCUUGGCGUGCAAUACUGUCUGCGCGGGAUCAGGCUGCUCGAGCUGUGCCUCAGACGCCAGCUGCGCUUCGUCAGCUUGCCGUCAGCGCCUGGAAUCCCCCGCCAUUACACCUAGCGCAGCGUGGUCAUCUGCUUUACGUGACCCUCAUCACGCUCGAAGGCGAGAAUGUACACGUACAAGCGACCAACAAAGGCUUCUACAUUGAUCGAUCAGAUUCGACCCGCUUCGAUCCGACACCGAAGUCGUCAGACGCGCCUUUCGCGACUCUCUAUGAGCUCUGCAGAUCGAUCUCUCGUGCAUUCUCACUGGCAAUGGUCAAAAUCGUUGAGCCGCUCAAGCCACUCAAUCCGGACAUGUUCGCAUACCUUCCCAUUAGUCUCUGCACACCUGCUUCGCCAUGGCUAGUCAGCGAACCCUCGCACACAGCAGAUCCUUUGCGCAAUCAGCUGGCUUACAUCGUUACUGGCGGCAUCGCAGCGGAGCAGCUGCCGCCUGCGCGCGACUGGAACGACGACUUUGUUUCCGUUCGGGAAUUGCCUGUCAAGACGCUCGCCCAGCGCGUUCUGCGUGAGCGUAACCUUGCCCGACUACACUACGAAUUCGAGGUAUCCGCGACCAGAACGAUCUCCCUCAUCAUGAAGGGUGAGAUACCCGCUAUCAAUCCUUCAGAGGGUGUGGCAGCACGAACAUACUUGUAUAACAAUGUUCUCUUCUUGCGCGCGCUCGAUGCGCUCGAUAUUAUGCCCCACCUCGGGGGCGACGAAGCCAGUCGAGUGGCAGCCAACAAGGAUCUCGAAGCGCUCAAAGUAUUGCACCAGGCUGACAUUCCCCAGCUCAACCUGAUAGGCACUGCGCUUGUCGAUCUGCAAGGUCAGCGAUGGGUUUGCCAGACCCUGCCGCCAGGUAUUGCCAAUAAGACUAUUGAGGAAAUUGAAGCAAGCAAGAAAGACGGCCAAAAUUCUGCCAAGGAGGAAGACGACUUUGCUUGGGGACACUUCCGUAUUCUUUAUGGCAGCUCGGACACGGAGAAAGCGGACGACGAACUCGCGUGUGAUCCCAAAUUCCACAAGCUCGCGAGUAAAGUCGGCGAAGCUCUACAGCUCGCGCCACAUAUUGUUCAGGACAAAGAAGGUAGACAGUGCGAGCUCUAUACAAGUAUGGACGUACACGGCGCCGUCGGCUUGGAUGGUCGUCCCUUCCUGAUGGACCUUGCGCGCACUUCCCCUGUCGAUGUACACUUCUUGGAGGACGAUAUUCAGCGUAUCCCCGGCGAAACAGAGGAUUGCGCGUAUCCUCACACUUACUUGCUAUUACGACGAGAGCUACUGGACGCCUACCGUGACAGCAGCUUGCGUCAAUGGCUCACCGAGCAAGUUGCAAAGAAGACGGCGCAAAAGCCGAAGCCGGACGAGGAGCCAAAGACUUCGCAAUCGACCGCUGUGCAGGACGAACCGACCGAGCUUGCGUUGUCACAACCACCCACGCCAACUGUCGAGGAGUCAGUGACAUCUGCGCCUACACAAGCCGAACGUGAGGCGAUCUUAUUCAACGUCGAUGCGUUUGUCAAGCGUCAAGACGAUCGUGCCGGAGCAGUAUACCAAGAAUCAGAUCCCGCUGUCAGGCAUGUUCGUCAAGCAUCGAAGUAUCUCCGCGAGGUAGCGCUGGUCGACUACUUAACAGAGAUCGUGGCGAAUGGCUCAAUGCCUGUAGACGGCGCCGCACUCACAAGCUCUCUGCAUGCUCGAGGCAUCAACAUGCGCUAUCUUGGUCACAUCGUUCGUCUGGCUCAGGCCGGCACUCACAAGAUCCCAUGCAGUCCCUCCCUGCAGCUCGAGGCCGCAGAUCAGUUGGCAAAAGUGCAAGUCAGUCUGAAGCGAGAGAUGGUCGUACGAGCCGCCAAGCACAUCCUUCGCGCAGAGAUGAGCGCAGCACAGCCACACCAGGUCGCAGAGGUAGCAGCGCACAAUCUCAGCUGUUUGCUCGGUGCGGCUUCGACAUCGACAACAUCCAGCCAAACGAAGGAGACAAUACAGACCGCCAUUCUACGCGACGUGGCCCGCCGCUUCAGAUUCAGGCUCGAACCUAGCUAUUUUGAUCAAGAAUUGGCGCGACCCCAGCUUCUUCGCGAGCUCUGCUAUCGCCUGGGCAUCCAACUCAAAGCUCAGCCCUACGCAUUCGAUACGGUGCCAACGAGCAACGGCGCUUAUCACUCGUCAGAGGACGAAGCAACUAAGACGAAGAAGCCGAAAGCGAAGGCCACAAACGGCGUUUCCCACGGUCCGCUUCGAACGGCUAGUAUCAUGCCGGAUGAUAUACUUGGCUUCGUUCCAGUUGUCAAGUCUGUACAGCAUCAGAGCGGGUACGGAACAUACCUCGUCGAGCAAGCACAGUUUCAGCUACUCAAGGGAGACAAUGAGCGCGGCGAGCCAAUGAUGAACGAUGCAGUGCACUACUACGAGCAGCUGUUUGGCAAUAUUCAUCCCGAAAUCGCGACAAAGUACCAUCAGAUGUCAGUCGUGUACAGCAACAUUGCGCAACCGCUGUUACGCAGGGUCAGCCUCUUCGAACAAUCUGCUCAGCUUUCAAAACCAGAUGAGGCAGCGCGAAUGCGGGCAUACGCUGGCGUCCCCGACGAGGCUACGUAUGAGGCCAUCAAGCGUGAUUCGGAAAUCUACCUCGAUGCUGCAGCGAGAAUGGAGCGACAAGCUAUCCUGGCCGCCGAGCGCACGCUAGGUGUGGAUCAUUCGCUGGUAGCGCCGCUUUACGGCCAGCUAGCUCUCCAUGAGAAUGCUCUCGGCAAUACUCAGACAGCGUUGCGGCUGACGAAGCAUGCUAUUGGACUCUACCAAGCUCAAUAUGGCCCCGGCUGCACCGAAGUGCCUCGUCAGCUUACUCAUGCUGCCGCUUUCAUUCAAGGCUGGCUCGGUCACGAAGCAAGUAUACCGUACUAUAAGGCAGCUCACGCUUCGACUGUUCAGGCAAGAGGACCAGAGUCUAUCGCCACUGGCACUGCGAGCUACGCUGUGGCGCAAGUCUAUGCACUGUCCGGCAACAUGAAAGCUGCUAUUGAGCCCGCCAAGGAAAGCGCUCGCAUCUUUGCCGCACGGCUGGGCGAGAAGGAAGAGAAGACACUAGAAGCCAACAACUUACUUGCGGUCAUCCUUGCCAAUGCUGCCAAUCAAGCAAAGGCAGAGCAAGGUCAAGCAGCUUCCAUUGCUCGCCGCUUACACAUCUCCCCAGAACGCACUGCUCAGCUCCUGGCUCAGGCACGAAACGGCAUGCCGAUAGAAUCUGUGCAAGCCGAAGCACCGACAGGUGAGACCUAUGGCAGCCGAGGUCAUCUCGCCAUUGACGACCUCGUCAAGUACAUUUCCGGGCAGCAACAAGCUUCGAAGACGACGAGCAGCAAGCAGAGACGCCAGCGCGGCGGCAAGACUGCGCGCCGAUGAUGAGGAAAGCAAGGGGCAACAAGAAUUUGCGUCCUUUUGGGACGCUGAGCACCACUCGUUGUAGGCAGAUAGAAGAGGUCGCAUCGCAAUGUGUGUACAACAUGCAAGCUAGCAUGCAUCCCCCAGAAUCACCAAUUGUAAGCGUUUGCUGCAAAGGCGCCACCGUUGAUGAUGGGCCUGUUGGUUUGCACCCUGCCGGGACCGGUCCGCAGCCUCUUCUUCAGUAGCAAUGAUACCUUGUCGAGCCGUUUCUGAUCGGUUUUCUUGCCUUCUUGUA